AUGCUCCGGGGUGAGCUCUACUGCGCCUUCACCCCGGACUUGAUCGCCGCGCGGGCUCGCUGUAGCCGUGCUACUCGCCGGUUCAACAACGCGGGAGACGUCCCUCGUCGGCGGCUGGUCGAACUCUGGAAAGAGGUUACGGAGGAUCAAGCCCCUCUGCCGCCUCCGAAGGAGGACCCCGCCGAAGACGACGCCCUCUUCGAGCAGGAGCCAUGGAUCGAGCCCCCCGUUCGAAUCGAUUACGGAUUCAAUGUGCGAGUCGGCGCAGGGGUUUACAUCAACUCUAACUGUGUGAUCCUUGACACUUGUCCGGUGACUAUCGGAGCGCGCACCCUGUUCGGCCCCAACGUGCACUUGUAUAGCGGGACGCAUCCCUUGGACCCGGAGCUGCGCAACGGAACCAAGGGUCCCGAGAUGGGAGCGGACGUUGUGAUCAGCGAGGAUUGCUGGCUAGGGGGCAACGUCACGGUCCUUCCCGGGGUGACGAUCGGUAAAGGCGCGGUUAUCGGGGCUGGAAGCGUGGUCACCAAGGUAGAUGUUCCUGCCUUUCAUGUGGCUGCAGGCAAUCCGGCAAGGGUACUUCGCAAGAUUGACACGGCGAUGAAGGAGUAA